UAGCAAUGGUAGCGGCGGUUGUGAUGUAAUACAAAGUAUGAGUCAGAGAUGAGUCUAGUGGCAGCAAUAUGUGGCUCAUGACAUAAUACACAGUAGUAAAGGAGAAAUGAAUAGGGGCAUACAUGGUUGUAACAAUUGUAGCUAAGGACAAAAAAUGUGCUUAUUCACUACUUGUAGCCAGCACUGCAGAUGGUGAUUUCUUGCUGUUUCAACAAGUUUGGGCAGGUGCAUCUGAGCAUUCAUUGCCAUCACAUAAUGCUCACAGCAUGAACAACACAAUUGAGCAUGGAUUUCAUUUUGCAUUUGCAAAAAAUGAUAAGAAAAUGAGCCACUACAGUACCUUGAAGACCAUGUGAGAGUGGAUCAAGAACAUACUUGAGCCAUGGAGAAAGGUGGUUAUUGAGACAGAUCCCAAUCUUGAUGAUGACCAGCAUACAAUUGUCUACCUCAACUGCUACCCAGUGCACACCAGCCAGGAUUUCCAUACUUAUGUUUGGGAGAAGUACCCAUGUGUGUUUCUAUGCUUCGUACCUGCAAGUUGUGAG